AUGGUGGAAUCUUCUGACGAGCCGAGCUUAUUAGAUCGUAUCAGGUCUUUUCCCCGCAAAGCGUAUGCCUCGGACGACCCGUUUGGAGCAGACCAUAAGCCUCCAGCCAUCCCCUUAACCAACCCAUCUGCCCAUAGCGAUGCAGAUGUACCCGCUCGACCCCCAUCCUCAGGGGUCCGUUCAGACCAUCACAAAGCCUCCGCGAAUACCACAAGCAAUCAUGUGGCCGACAAGACCUCGUCAGCGUUGCCACCAGCAGCUCCUCCUCCGCUUGACGCCGAACAUGGAGAGGCAUCUUCCUCCAUAGAGCCAGAAGAAAAACCCAAUAUCCUGAUUCGCUUCUACGAAGCCUGUAAAGAAAUAUUCCUCUCGAGUUGGCUCAACAUCCUUCUGGUAUUUGUCCCCGUGGGCAUAGCUGUUCAGGCAGCUGGUGUAAAUAAGACCAUCGUCUUUGCAAUCAACGCUAUUGCCAUCAUACCACUUGCUGGCCUACUGAGUCAUGCCACGGAAAGCGUUGCUAGCGACUUGGGUGACACCAUUGGAGCCCUGAUGAACAUUACCUUCGGCAAUGCGGUAGAGCUCAUCAUUUUCAUGUAUGUUCUACCUAAUGGACAGCAGACAAGAGAGAGCCAUGGCAUUGCUCUUACCAAGGAUGAAAUCCAGAUUGUCCAAGCCUCACUUCUGGGAUCGAUCCUCGCCAACCUCCUGCUCAUCCUUGGCAUGUGCUUCUUGUUUGGUGGGCUUCGCUUCCGUGAACAGAUUUACAACAGCACUGUCACGCAAAUGAGCGCAUGUCUACUCUCCUUGAGCGUCAUGAGCCUACUUUUGCCGACUGCUUUCCAUGCUUCGUUCACUGAUAACACGACCGCGGACAAGGCGGUACUGCAAAUCAGCAGAGGUACAAGUAUUAUUCUACUUCUGGUGUAUGUGUUAUACCUGCUUUUUCAAAUGAAAUCGCACGCGUACAUGUACCAAAGUACACCACAGCAUGUAAUCGACGAAGAGUCUUAUCCUGGCGUUCUGGCCGAAAUACUGGGGUCUUCUAGUUCAUCAGACACUUCAAGCUCGUCCAGUGGUAGCGACACCGAUGGAUCUUCGGGAUCGAACACGACCGCCAAGCGCAUUAAAAGAGUUCUGAGAGGCCGGAGGCGCCGUAAAUCCAGUGUAAGCUCAAAAGACACGCCUUCCGUACCUUCAACCUUGCGUACACCGUCAGCCUCCACAUUUGCACACAACGUCGAACAAAACGAUAUAGCUCUCGCAGACCUUCGGACUGAUCACCCUGCUCUACCCUCACCUGGGUUGGGCGGCAUUACCAGUGGUGACGAAGCUGAUACUGACGGUGAGCAUGACGUCGUCUCCGCCGCUACAAGGGAAACUACGAUCAACUUCCGGGAUUUUGAGAAUGAGAAAGGAGGUCCUGGUAGCAAAUCACCCGAAACCAAGCCAAAGAAGAAAUCGAAAAAGAGGUAUCGGAAAUCGGGCAACAAGGGUGAGAAGGAGAUAGAUGCAUCUGAGAAGGCCGCAUCUUUGAGACCAUCGGACGCUAAUAGGGCAGUCACUCCUCAUGUUGGGUUUGCACAGGACAUUCAAAGUCAACCCGAAAGCUCGCCAAAGCGUCCUUUCAACAUACGUGGUCUCUCUGUUCGCGACGUAGUGCCGGCAAUGCCAGCAAUGCCCAAGAUGUUGUCGAGCACCGUCUUUUCGACCGCAAACCCAACGGGUCUCGCACCAAGCGGAGCUCCAGCUAUUAAUAUCACUCCUCGGGCGCUGCACCGGUCGAAUUCUCUCCCCAGUCGCCUCAAUCAAGUCCAAGCAGCACGCCAGGCCCAGACGGUACCGCCACUGCAACCUCAACCCUACGUGCUCCCAGUCAACUCAACGCAUUCCGUUGAUAGCAAAGAGGCUGUUCCGCCAAAAAAAUACAUGUCUCGUACCUCAGCCAUAAUCCUGCUUCUCGUGUCGACCGGACUCGUUGCCGUUUGCGCUGAAUUUCUGGUGGCAAGUAUCAAUUAUCUCGUGGACAAUACAAGCGUCUCGGAAGCUUUUGUGGGUCUCAUCAUCCUACCCAUAGUUGGCAAUGCUGCCGAGCACGUCACGGCUGUCACUGUCGCUAGCAAGAACAAGAUGGACCUUGCCAUUGGUGUUGCUGUGGGGAGCAGCAUUCAGAUCGCACUGUUUGUGACGCCGGUGAUUGUGCUGCUUGGCUGGAUCUUAGACAAAGACAUGAGUCUCUAUUUCUCGCUGUUUGAAACGAUCAGCUUGUUUGUGAGCGCAUUCAUAGUAAAUUUCUUAGUGCUAGACGGGCGGAGCAACUAUCUGGAAGGGGCGUUACUGAUUGCAGCCUAUGUGAUCAUUGCGCUGGCGGCGUUCUUCUACCCGGACUCGGAUGAGCAAAGUACGAUUGGUGGCGCAGAUGGGGUGGGAAAGUUGCUCAGAAUGCUUUGA